AUGUCUAGCAAGACGAUGGGGAUUUUUCUGAUCACUAUCGUCACCCUCAUUACCCGAGUCGAAGCCCAAUGCGGAUAUCAAUCCAGAUGUGGUGGUUAUCAAGCCCAAUACAUGCAACAUAUGGUACAACCACAACAAUUCGUUCAACCUUUGCCUCAACCCGUAAUUCAACCUCAACCUAUUGAUUAUUACUAUAGAACCGCCAACACCUACACUCAACCUCCAGCUGAGGUGGUUGCUGGAGUGGAAAAAGAGAUCACAACAGCCUCAAUCGCUGCUCCAAAAUCAGUGGAAUAUGAAGACAUUGACAAGAAGAUUGGAGAAUUCAAGACUACUUUAUCUGAGGAAUCAGCUUCUGCCGUUGAGAGUCCCACGGCUUCACCCGCGUCCACGUACAUCCGAGAGACGGCCGUCUAUCAACCAUACGUACCACGCCAAGUAGCUUAUAGACCUCAACCGUUACCACAAGCCGGAUGCGGCGCUAUGACACCACAGUACUAUCGUCCUGCACCGUACAUGCCACGAGGCUAUAUGAUACCGUACACACCUACGUACGCCACUCAUCCGCCACCUCCUCCACAGCCGUUGCCGACUUUGAUUCAACCUCCACGCUAUAACGCCCCGGUCAACGAUUGUUGUGGUCGAUGUUCUGCGCCUUGUGGACACGGAGUUAGAAGGUUCUUUGCAAAGUCAGCAAAAACCGUACAAUUGAACGGAAUGGAUUCAAAAACUGAAAAGGGCAGGACGGAGGUCGCUAAAGAUCCACGCUGCACAAACAAGGAACUUAAAGAAGUCAUGGACAAGGUUUCACACAAAACACCAUCGUUAGCCAAACGUCUUAUACAACGAAUUGCAGAGGAGAAAUUUGGAGGAUACUUCUCCGUCAUUUGUUCGAAGGAAGAUUUCACAUAUGUGUCCCGAGGUGAAAUGUACUGUCAAACUGAGAAUAACGGAGUCGUGUGUUACGCUUUUAAACAUCAUUGA